CUUUUCGUGCAGCUCGGAGCUGCACAGCAAGUCUUUGCUCAGCCGCUGGCCAGGGCUAGCAAGUCGGCUAUGGCGACCAGUUCACGCUGGAAGUAAGGAAGAACGAUCAGCAUUUGGCAGCGCAGAUCUCAGGAGGUUCAAGGUUGAAUUGAGAUGCUGCCAAGGCGACCUGGAUUUCUGCAGAGUAUUGGAGAAGUAGGGAUCCCUCCAAAUUGAUCAAGCCAUAAUCAAGACAGCUCUAGCUGAGCAGGACGGGGAGGCAUUCCUAGCAAUGGCGGGCGCUCUGCAUCUGCAGAGGGUGUGUGUACUUCCUCAAUUGAGCUUCGGGCAGAGCAUAGAUGAAAUCGAGCGUAUCAAUCCUGGCCGAAUGCUAGCACCAGCUGUGCUGAACAAACAAUUGAAUCUGCGGCAUUCAAGGAAGGCUGUCAUUGCUGCGCAGUGGAAUUUGACGAAUUUGAGCAAGCAGGGUCAGAUCAUGCACAAGAAGCUCGUGCGCGGAUUGAUGGCCAGCAACUUUGGAGAUGCGCAGACAUCAAUUGAUGAGAAUGUCUUGGUCACAGCUGGGGGCGGAGGGGGUGUGGAUGGGACAGGAAUUGGGGGCGGAGGGGGUGGAGGAGACAAUAGCUAUGGCGGUGAAGGUGACGGAAAGAGCAAGAAGAAUGUGGAAGAAGCGCUUGCAGUUCUGAAGGAGGCCAGUAGAAGCUUGGAAAGUCUGCCGUCAGAUCUUGCACAGGCGAUUGAGAGGGGCGCAAUUCCAGGAUUCCUUGUCGAGAAGUUCCUAGAUCUGGAAGGCACGCCGGUCAUUGGACUCUUCACAAGGUUUAGUGGAUUCCGGGAGCGCCUUUUGGCUGAUGACCUGUUCUUGACAAAAGUCCUCAUUGAGUGUGGCGUGGGUAUGUUUACGAAGACUGCUGCAGAGUACGAACGCCGGCGAGAGAACUUCUACAAGGAGCUGGACUUUGUGAUUGCGGAUGUGGUGAUGGCUCUGGUCGCUGACUUCAUGCUUGUUUGGCUGCCUGCGCCAACUGUGGCACUCCGGCCAGCGCCAGGGCUAGGAUCCAAUGCAAUCAUGCGCUUCUUCUUCAAGUGCCCCGACAAUGCAUUCCAGAAGGCUUUGCCUGGUCAAGACUUCAGCCUACUCUUGAGGGCCGGAUCUAUACUAAGAAACGGUGCAAAGCUAUUUGGCGUUGGAACCGGUGCCUCUUUGAUUGGGACCCUCGCGACCAACAGCUUGAGCAAAAUCCGGGUGGCUCUGAAUCCUGACUAUGUUGCUGAGAAUGAGGACCUGCCAGUCAUCUCGACCAGUGUCGCAUACGGUGCAUACAUGGCCAUCUCCAGCAACAUUCGGUAUCAACUUCUGGCUGGUGUCGUGGAGCAGCGGGUGCUGGAGCCUUUCCUUCACAAGCACAAGCUAGCAUUGGGGGUCUCCAGCUUCGUCGUCAGAACGGGAAACACAUUCUUGGGAUCCUUGCUUUGGGUGGACUAUGCUCGAUGGGUGGGCGUUCAAGGUUCCAAGGAGUAGGCAAGGAGGAUUUUCUCAAUGCUCGCUUUUGAAUUCAUACGCAUAUUCCUUUGCUGCUCUGCGUACUGAAAGGUAUUUGACUAUUCGGCAUCGUCCUUGAUACGAACUGAGCACAUGUUAGGAGAAGCCGGAGCCCAGUGAUGUGCGCACUUGAUUCGACCAUCUUGACCUUUGUUGCUAAGCGACCUGGAGCAGUCAAGGAAAAACAAACCGGACAACUGUUUGUUGUGUUAGUCUAGGACUGUACAUUGAUCUUGAUUCUUGACCCAUAUGGAUGCAAGUAACUCACCAUGUGGUGGCUUAGGAUGCUUGAUGUUGGGCCGACAAACCUGAAGCAUAUACUUG